UUUUGUUAGUGUAGUGGGCGUUGUAAUCUGUGUACAGAGAGCUUGAAUUAUUCUCAGCAAGCACAAGAACAGCAGCGGCGUAUGCAAACAUCCCGUUAACAUUUAGCAACUUUUAAAAUCUGUUUUUAAUGUCGUGACUUCUUAGUUUUAAUCAGUUUUUACUCUCAGUUAUCUGGAUAUGGGCUAAAUCUUUAAAAGCAGUCGAUGCAUAACAACAUAAAAUGGGUUCGACGAGCUCCACCCUAUUAAAAAUCCCAAACGUCGAGGAGUUGAUGCAAGAAACGGGCUUCUCAUCUGCCCACAUUAUUCGUCUGUAUGAUCGCUUCAAAGCUCUGGAUAAAGAAGGACGAGGUCAUCUCUGUCCUCAGGAUUUUGGAGCCAUAAAGGAGCUGGCAAUGAACCCCAUAGGAGACAGAAUAAUAGGUGCCUUCUUCUCCCCAGGAAAGGAAACGGUGGACUUCAACACUUUUGUGAAGAUCCUGGCGCAUUUCCGGCCCGUUGACAAGGACCGACCCAAAGACCCAAAUUCUCCUGAACCCAUAAAUAGUAGGAGCAACAAACUCAAAUUUGCGUUUCAGUUGUAUGACCAGGACAAGGAUGGCAAGAUUUCAAGAGAUGAGCUUUUAAAGGUUCUCCGGGACAUGCUGGGGAUGCAGGUGACAGAGGAGCAGCUGGAGAGCAUAGCAGACCGCACUAUACAGGAAGCAGAUCUAGACCGUGAUGACGCAAUAUCUUUUGAGGAGUUUCGUAAGUCUCUGGAGAAGGUCAACAUUGAUCACAAGAUGAGCAUUCGUUUCUUGCGUUAGACUAGAGCAUCGUGGGAAAGCUUCAAUACCAGCGAUGUGUGCAUUCGCACAGGACAGUAUGACGGGAUCAGUCUUUGUCUGUCUAACAGGAUUUUAAUGCACUGGUAAUGUCUGCACAAAAACUGCACAUUGACAAAUGAUUUACACUACUGUUCAAAAGUUUGGAUUAGUAACCUUAUAUAUAAGUAAAGUUAAAAGUUCAGCCGUGUUUUGCUGUGGACAGUAGGUGGCGCCAAGUGCGUACUGUUGAUUCAUGUCAGUGAUACACUACUUUUCAAAAGUUUGGAUUUUGAUUAGCAAAUUAGCAAGGAUGUCUUAAAUUGACCAGAAGUGACAGUAAAGACAUUUAUAAUGUUACAAAAGAUUUCUAUUUCAAAUAAAUGCUGUUCUUUUGAUAUUUCUUUUCAUCAAAGAAUCCUGAAAAAUGUCUCAAAAAAAAAAAAAAAUUGAGUAUUAAAUUAGCCUAUUAUAGUGAUUUCUGAAGGAUCAUGUGACCCUGAAUACUGGCGUAAGGAUGCAUAUUUCAGCUUUGCCAAUACAGAAAUAAAUUACAUUUUAAAAUAUAUUAAAAUACAAACAGUUAUUUUAACUUCACGUUAUAAAACGGUUAGUUCCUGUCCUUGAUUCUGAUUGGCCAAUAGCUGUGUUUUAUUCACGAUAAAACAUGGCUAUGACCUUCACCCAACGGUUCUGUGUAUCACUACACAACACCCUUAGCAACCACUCUUAGCAACGUAAACUGUAUGCUUUCAAUUGAUAUUGUUCAUUGAAGCUUACUGUAUUAUGUAGAAGAGUGUUGUGAGAUAGAGAUCAAGUGAGCGAGUUUAUUACCUGCAUUCAGAUUUAGCAUUUUCCUUCAGGUCAGUCCUAUGUUCAUAAUAAAAAAUAUGUUCAAAUAUAUAUAUAUAUAUAUAUAUAUAUUAUCCUGUCCUUUUAACAGUUAAGGGGUUUUCCCGUGACUGACAGCGCUAGUCAAAGCAUUUGUCAGUUGCGUCUUGUUCCAUGUUCACAACAAUUCAGUCUUUUCAAUAUAAAAGUCUUCGCUACUGACUGACUCACUCAUAAAGACAGUCUUUGCCGCGAUCUAAUGGCGUAAUAAUGUAACUUCUGUUGCUGUUCACAGCCAGGGACUAUUUUUUCCAGUGGAAGGAGGACUUUUAGUAAAAGUUUACUUCAUGAAAGUUGCAUAUUUGUAUUGUGUGGUAACCGUUUUAUAAAAGCAAUAAGGUUCUCGAGGCUAGUGCUGUAUCGUGAAUAAGUCACUCCGCUUUGCGUCAUGCCUAACAACGCCCUUCAGCUGUGACUUAUUCACAAUACAGCACAGCCUCUCAUACCUUAUUGCUUACUUAAUACUGUUUUUACUGUAUUUUUGAAUAAAUUAAUGCAGCCAGCUUAGUGAGCAUAAGAGACGUAUUUCAAAAACAUUACACAUUAGUGAUCACAAACUUUUGAAUGGUAGUGUAUAUUUGCAUUCUGCAUCAGUUAAUUUUUUUAUAUAAUUAUAACUAGCAUGUUUUCCUGCAGGGGACAGAGUUCAUAAUAACAUUCAUAAUGUCCAGUGUUAAAUUGUCAUACACAAUAUUGUUGUUGUUUUUGUGAAGUAUGGCGAUCCCAAGGUAAGAUUUCAUAAGGUUUAUUAGAUGCAAACGCUUUCAUCUCAGAGGUUUUUUUUUUAUUCAUGGUGGCAUGAUGCUUUUAUGCAUUUUUAAAAAAUUCUGUGACUUCAUCCUGAAUCCUUAUAAAAACUGGAUUUUUUUUCCUGGUAUUCAAAUCUCAAAAUAUGUCUUAAUUCUUUCAUUGCUACAAGGCUACCUCACCUUACCGCACUUAUGCAUGAUGUGCCAAAGCCAGUUAAAAAGGGCUUUUUUCAUCUUUGUAUUAAAUGUAACUGACUUUUAAGAAUGAUAUUAAAGCAAUUUCCAUAAAAUUCAAA